AACGGUCGUACAUUACAGUAGUUCUGCUCGUGUGCGGUUAAUUUAGUGUUAUUAAUUUGCUUUGUACCUCGUGUACGGUCGACAUCGUGUUGAAAACUGAUAUCAGAUAAAUAUUUCUGUAAGAAGGAUGUUUGAUCGCGACACAGCGAUACAUCUCAUUGCCGGAGGUGUUGCUGGUACAACAGGAGCCAUAGUGACCUGUCCUCUCGAAGUGGUUAAGACGCGUUUACAAUCCUCUUCGUCUGGUUUUCAACCGCCACCAGUGAAUAAAGAAUUUACGUCCGGUCAUGUCACGUGUAAGAGUUUUCCAACACCGGAACAAAGGAGGAGAUUGUGUACAGGAGGAUAUCCAAGGUGCUCCUUCCUGGCUCUCUCCCAUUGUGGCGUGUCGACACCAUCGGGUAGUGGCCCACAUGCUUAUCCGACACCCGGUAUUUACCAGUGUAUAAGGUACAUCAUUAAAAACGAGGGUGUACGUGCCCUUUUCCAGGGUCUUGGUCCAAAUCUCGUUGGUGUAGCACCUUCCAGGGCGAUCUACUUUUGUGCAUAUUCGAAAAGCAAAAUUGCUUUUAACAAAAUACUACCUCCAGACACUCCGAUAGUCCAUGUAUUUUCGGCAUUUUGCGCUGGUUUCGUGGCGUGCACAUUGACAAAUCCUAUUUGGUUUGUCAAAACCAGACUUCAGCUGGAUCAUCGAACAAACAAAAUCACUGCGAUAGAAUGUAUGCGGAGGAUAUAUCGACAGUCGGGUGUACGAGGAUUUUAUAAGGGUAUUAUGGCGUCCUACGUAGGUAUAAGCGAGACUGUGAUACACUUUGUGAUUUACGAAGCUGUAAAGGCAUGGCUUGUGGCGACAAGGACGAGAGUUUCUUCAAGGGAGGACGACAGGAAAACCUUACGUGACUUUAUAGAAUUUAUGGCAGCCGGUUCGUUCUCUAAAACGGUCGCAUCAACGAUCGCUUAUCCUCACGAAGUGGCAAGAACACGUUUGCGCGAGGAAGGUACAAAAUAUCAAACCUUCUUACAAACGUUGAACACCGUAUAUAUGGAGGAAGGAACAAAGGGUUUAUAUCGUGGACUUGGAACUCAUUUAAUAAGACAGAUCCCAAAUACUGCUAUAAUAAUGGCAACUUACGAAGCCGUAGUCUACAUCCUCACGCGACACUUCCAUUCGAGUGCUGUAAAUGCAACGAAUGCAACGACACAGUUUUAUGCGGAGGCUAAGGCAAAGAGAGAGCUUGCCUAGGAUUUGCUAAAGGCCCCUGAAUAAAGGGCCUUCAUUCUAAAUGUUAAUGCUCGUGCUUUAGAACUUUCAUGGUCGUUUCAUCACGUCCUCAUCAACAUCAUCAUCAUCAUUACCAUCAUCAUUAUCAUCAUCAUCGAGGAGAGAUUAAGAGACACCCAUGUGAUAAAAAUGAUGGCGACGUCCUUUGGAGCACAAUCGCGUGAUUUUUUUAUAUUGAAGGUAUUACCGAAAGAAGACACACCAUGGCGUAGAAAGCCUCAGUGCCCUAGAAAGUCUAGCAAAAAAAAGUAGUCCUUCAUCCUUUCAUGUAGAGCAUACGCAUACGCAUGGAACCCUGUUGUGUUGUGUUGUGUACCUUUACGCCAAACUGGAAUUACCAACUGGGCCAGAUUUAAUGCUGGAACACGAUGUGCUGACAUACAUUGCUUUUUUUUCUUUUUUUUUUUCUUUUUUUUUCUUUUUUUUUUUUUUUUUUUUCUUUUUUUUCCUUUAUCUCUCUCUCGCAACACGCACGUGCUAUCGAUGUGAAAGUACAUUUUUUUAUCUUUGACCGAGAGAUCAGAGAUGCGAUAACAUUAUAUUAUAUAUUAUAACUCCUUAGAGAAACUAUAUUUUCAGAUACUUUAGAAUUUUCUAUUUCUUUUUGCAGCGCUACUCCACCGUCACAUAUAUAUAUAUAUAUAUUUCAAAGUAAUCAGCAAACGAUAAGUAAAAAUUUAUCAUUGUUAAAUUUUCUCAAUGAGCUCAAUUUUUAUGGCUCUUUACGAUUACGUUGUUAUUAUAUUUGUUUGUAUGUUACAUUUUAUUGAAACGCUUUUUAUAAAAUUUGAAUGUUAUUUUUUUUUUUUUUUUGUUUUUGAAAGAGAAAUCAUGUUUUAACGCAUAUCUAAUUUCCUUUUCCUCCUCUUUUUUUUUUUUUUUUUUUUUUU